AUGUUACGGCGGCAAGAACAAGUGCAGACGCACAAGAAGCGUACACGGCGGCGCAGCAGUUCGGCUAAUUGGUUUAUCGCAUUUGUUUUUGUUGUCUCUAUUUUAUGUAAAUUUCGUGCACUGUUUGCGACGGCAAUUAGCGCGAGAAGCGACGAGCACAACAGAGUUACACUCCGUCACUUUUUCCUGCACUCAGAACGUACAGCACCGCGUGAAUACAGCAGUAAUCCGAAAAAGCGGCUUUACUGCGCAACAAUCAUCUCUUGUCCUGACAGUCGUCUUGGCCGGCUCCGUCCCGAAGCAGACAGUCAGCAAGAAUUUGAACUCAAGGUAACCAGGCGGUCUGGCGCGACACAGUAA